AUGUAUAAAAAUGUAGUGGCUUCAAUAUGUGAAGGGACAUUCAGUUCUUUGAAGAAGAACAAGGUUGUGGCAAAUCCUGCACGCUUGUUUUCUUCAGUGCAGGAUUUGCCAUCUAAGAAAACAAGUGUGGAGGAAAACAGAUGUGCAGCAGAAGCUGGUCAUCGUAAGGAAAGUUGUCCUACAAAGGCCGUAAAGCGGAAGAAAAAGGAAAUCUCAACGAAGAAGGCCAUACCAGCUGCGUCUACAAGUGCUAGCAAAGCAACUUCCGAAGAACUAAACACUAUCGAAGCUAAAUUGACAAAAAAGUGUGAAAAGGUCGCUUUUUCAAGUACGGCCAAGCCUACUGURCCUCCCACAAAGAAAACAACCUCCGUGAAAAAGGCACUUGAGGUGAUAUGGUGCAAGAAGCCUCGAAGUCAACGGAGGAAAAAGAAUAGCCAGGAUGUGGGAAAGCCACAGAUGAGGAGUCAUUACCAACUUCUUCAGGGGGAUAGCAAAAAGGUAAGUUGUUCGCUACAUAUCUGA